AUGGGUCCACGAACAAAAAGACGAAAGGUGUCCGACAAGGUUGAAGAGAUUACAUUCGACUCUGCUGCCCGCCAAGAGUUCCUUACAGGAUUUCACAAGCGAAAAUUGCAGCGCGCGCGACAUGCGCAGGAAAUUGCAGAGAAAAAGGCGCAGCAGAUGAAAAGGGAGGAGCGAAAGAGGAUCCGCGAAGAGCGAACAGCGGAGUAUAAACGCGUGUUUGAGGAACACCAGAGACAGCUGAAAAGAAUAACAGAAGAAGGUACAAGCGACAGUGAUAGCGAGAAUUCGAACUUUGGGACAGAGAGCGACGGCGAUGAGGACGAGUGGGAAGGGUUUGCGGAACCGCCAGCUGUGGACUACGAAGCCGAAUACAUUGACGAAGACAAAUAUACCACGGUGACGGUAGAAGAAAUGGAUUUAUCGAAAGAUGCGUUGUACCGACAGGGACAUGAUGACUCUGAUCAACCAUCGGAGGAAGAGUCUCCAAAGGUUAAUGCCAAUUCAACUGCUACGCCUGGGAAAAAGAAGAGCAUGCCCAACAAGGACAAGGCAAAGAAGAAAAAGAAGCGAUUUCGCUACGAAACCAAGGAAGAACGAAAACUCACUCAGGUGAAGCAGCGCUUGUCAAAAAGGAAGAAGGCAAAUGCACGGCGAGAACGCUGA